UAUGACACGACAGUGCUGUGUUGUAUGUAAACAUGUCAUUAUUGGUUUGUCGGCGGAUACUUUAAUUAAACUUAGUAUAGUUUCUAAUAAUUGUAGAUAAUCAUGACAAAACUCGCUGAAUGGCUUGCUGGAGUUAUAGUAAUAACAGCCAUUUGGUUCUCCUGUUUGUCAAAUGAUAUAAUUUUAAAUAGUCAUGAUCUACACUCCUGGCUGCUACCAUUUUACGGGGUCAUUGCAUUUGGGCUUUAUUCUCUUGUUGUAGUUUUAUAUCGAGUUUUUACCUUCAAUGAUUGUCCUGAAGCUGCAAAAGAAUUAAAAGAGGAAAUCCAGAUGGCGAGAGAAGAUUUAGCAAAAAAAGGAUUUAAAUUUGAUGAUUGAACUGUAUUUAUACUGAUAACUAAUUAUAUCUUUUUGUGGACCAUAAAUAUUAUUUAUUUUUGUAAAUGGAAAUAAAUUAUCUUUGAAAAGA